AUGGAGAAGAUGCGGGAGGGUUUACAGCGACGAGCUCGUCGUAUGCAAGAAAAUUUGCAGCAGUCUGUAGGAUUGUCUGAGAAAAAAGACGAGUUGCAGAGUGUAAGUCAUGUCGAACAAAAAAACCAAAAAAUUAUUUUAGCGGUAAAAAACACGCGACAGAAUUUGCAGAAUUGUAUAAGAAGCGUCAAUAGAGAGGAAGCUAUUGAUAAACGGAAGAGACGAUUAGAUGAAUUUGGUCUUUGGCAACAGUUACUUGCGGAUUCGAAAGAAUUGGAAAAUAUUUAUCCGCGUUCGCAUCCAUCUGUUCUUGCUGAUACAAUGAAGCUGUAUGGCGAUGCUCUGGGUGUAAUUCUUGAAGAACGGAUCCUGACAGAUCAGUUAAUUGAGAAAAGUGUUCUGGAUGCUUUCGGGAAGUAUAUGGACGACGACAAAGCUCUAUCGAAAGCGAAAGAAAAACUAACGCGUACAGUUGUUGAUGUUGAAGUUAGCAGAAAACGUAAACAAGGAAAUCAUGAUGAGUCAAAGAUGCAGGAAAUCCAGGAUGAAUAUGAUGCCUUACAACUUAAAUUAGAAUCUUAUAAGGACAAUAUUUUUACGGAUAUUUUCGUGCUGCUAUCAAGGGAAGCUGAAAUUGCUGGUAUUUACAAGGAGUUGAUCAUUGCGCAAAUGGAAUAUUAUCGGACAGCCUUGCAGAAACUUGAAAACAUCUUACCUGAAAUCGAUAGGAAAAUCGCUUCCUAUCCUAAUCGUCCAGUCUUUGGAUGUCAUCUAGAAGAUCAUCUACGUUGCUCUAAUCGUUCGGUGGCUUUGGUUCUUGAAGUGUGUUGCUCUAUUUUGAAAUAUCAAGGUUUCCAGGAGAAGGGCCUUUUUCGAGUUAGCGGUAACACCAAUCGGAUCAGACGUCUCAAAGCAGCAUUUGAUGCGCAUCAGAUAAAUAAUGAUUCACUAGAAAUUGCUGAAUACAUUAAUGAUCCUCAUUCAGUUUGUUCCGUUCUAAAAUGCUAUCUUCGUGAACUUCCUGAACCAUUAAUGACUCAUGCUCUUCACUCAGAGUGGGUUAUCAUCGCCAA